CGGAGCAGGGGGGCGGCCCCCACCCCGCAGGGUGCCUGGCCCCUGGCCCCUGCCUGCGCUCCAGAACGCCACUGCCUCCGCCACCACCCGGAGUUUGCCUGCUGCGGGACGCACUAGCCCUCCCUCCAUGGAGUUUGGGCUGCUUGGUGAGGCAGAGGCUCGGAGCCCUGCCUUGUCACUGUCAGAUGCCGGCACUCCACACCCUCCACUUCCAGAACAGGGAUGCAAGGGCCAGGAACACAGUGACUCGGAGAAGGCCUCGGCCUCCCUACCAGGGGGCUCCCCCGAGGACGGCUCGCUGAAGAAGAAGCAGCGGCGGCAGCGCACGCACUUCACCAGCCAGCAGCUGCAGGAGCUGGAGGCCACCUUCCAGAGGAAUCGCUACCCCGACAUGAGCACGCGCGAAGAGAUCGCCGUGUGGACCAACCUCACUGAGGCCCGCGUGCGGGUGUGGUUCAAGAACCGACGCGCCAAGUGGCGGAAGCGGGAGCGCAGCCAGCAGGCGGAGCUGUGCAAGGGUGGCUUCGCAGCCCCGCUCGGGGGCCUGGUGCCACCCUACGAGGAGGUAUACCCGGGGUACUCGUAUGGCAACUGGCCUCCCAAGGCUCUCGCCCCGCCGCUCGCCGCCAAGACCUUCCCGUUCGCCUUCAACUCGGUCAACGUGGGGCCUCUGGCUUCGCAGCCGGUGUUCUCACCACCCAGCUCCAUCGCCGCCUCCAUGGUGCCCUCGGCCGCCGCUGCCCCGGGCACGGUACCAGGACCCGGAGCCUUGCAGGGCCUAGGAGGGGCACCACCCGGGCUGGCUCCAGCCGCCGUGUCCUCCGGGGCAGUGUCCUGCCCUUAUGCCUCGGCUGCGGCUGCCGCCGCUGCAGCUGCCUCCUCCCCCUAUGUAUACAGGGACCCGUGUAACUCGAGCCUGGCUAGCCUGCGGCUCAAAGCCAAGCAGCACGCCUCUUUCAGCUACCCCGCCGUGCCCGGGCCGCCUCCAGCCGCCAACCUUAGCCCCUGCCAGUACGCCGUGGAACGGCCAGUGUGAGGCGAGCCGAAGGUCUAUGGAUCAACCCCGAGGGCGGGGCAGUAAUUCACAGCCUCCCGGACACGGGUCGCCUAGACUGGCUUGCUCUCGU